CGAUCCUCUAGCAGGAGCCACUCAUCUCCCGGCAACAGAUCGUCCUCUCGUAGCCGCAGUGCCUCCAAUAGGAGAGGAAGAAGCGAGUCACCACGUGAGCGUCGUAGAGCUGACAGUGGUGAUGCUCCUUCCCCUCGUGGUGGCCGUGAUAGUGGGUCGGCCUCCCGUAGACGCGAACGUAGCCGAUCUAGGACCCCUGGUGGGAGAGGACCUUCCAGAGAGACGUCAUGCAGUCUACUCACUAGGAAUUUGCCUUACGAUUGUAACCCUAUGAUGCUCCGUGAGGCCUUCGAGAAGUAUGGCGAGAUACGUGAUGUCUACAUUCCUCUUGAUUACUACUCGAGACGCCCGAGGGGAUUCGGCUUUGUUGAAUUCUCCGACCCAAGGGACGCUGAUGAGGCUAAGGCGGCCAUGGAUGGGAAGCGCAUUGGAGGCAAUGCUAUUGAAGUGGAAAUAGCCAAGGAGAGACGCAAGUCCCCGAAGACUAUGAGAAGGAUGGACGAUGACUACAGAGGUCACAGAGGAGGCUAUGGUGGUGGUGGGGGAGGAUAUCGUGACGAUUAUUAUAGAGGCGGUGGAGGAGGAUACAGGGAACGUAGCUAUAGGGGUCGUGGAAGGAGUAGGAGUAGAAGCUACGAUAAUGAUAGGCGAUCGAGAUCCCGUGGUCGAGGUGGCAAAUAUUAGAGUGUGAAAAAAGGACAUUGAUGAGACUAGAAUAUGAGAACUACCUCCUUAGCAAUAC